AUGUCGGCAACAAGAAGCGGCUCUCAAGAAGAAGUCUCGGUUCGUGAAGGGUACCAGCGGGUGCUCAAAGACGCCUGUCGGGAAGAAAUUGAGGCAUUUGCCCGAUGUGCAACUGGAAGGACACUUAGUAUUGUCUGGAAAUGCCGACAGGAGAAUGAACGCAUGAAGAGUUGUCUGCAAGCAUUUACGGACAAAGUCUCCGAAUGGGAGUAUCGAUCUCAGCUGCAAGCUCAGGAGCAAAAAGAAUUGAAAAAGCAAUUGCAAGAACAAAAGGAACAGUGA